GAGAAGUGCGGAGGACGCUUUGGAGGUGAUCAGGGAAGUCUUCACUGAGGACGUUGAACUUAAACUGAACUCUGAAGAAGGGCAGGAUUUUUACAGGCAAAAGGAAUUCGUUCCAACUUUUCUUAGGGAACUGGAAUGGGUUUUGAAAACCAAUCUGAACACAGGUGAAAACGUUUCAAUGAUCUAAGUGCACUGGCCCACAACUUUUCAAAGCUUUCUUAUUUUAAUAUCCUUGUGGGAAAAGGCUACUUCUUCAUAGACGUAAAAAAAAUUACUAUUUAACUCGUUGGAAGUGAAACAUCACUUCCCAAAAUUCUAAUUCCAAAGACUUGGCAACAUACCGUGAUUAAGAAAAGCAGUGACUGACUGCAUGUUAAAAGUAUCCUGGCGCUGGCCCCAUCUUUUCCUCACUGUGUUUGAAGAACAUGGAGAAAUGGUACUUGAUGACAAGUGUGGUCUUAAUAGGACUGACAGUACGGUGGACAGUUUCUCUCAAUCCUUAUUCAGGUGCUGGAAAACCCCCUAUGUUUGGUGAUUACGAAGCUCAGAGACACUGGCAAGAAAUUACUUUUAAUUUACCAGUCAACCAGUGGUAUUUUAACAGCAGUGAUAACAAUUUACUGUAUUGGGGAUUGGAUUACCCACCUCUUACAGCUUAUCACAGUCUUUUGUGUGCAUAUGUGGCAAAGAUGAUAAAUCCAGACUGGAUUGCUCUCCACACCUCACGUGGCUAUGAGAGUCAGGCGCACAAGCUCUUCAUGCGUGCAACAGUGUUAAUUGCUGACUUGCUGAUUUACAUACCUGCAGUGGUUCUGUACUGUUGUUGUUUAAAAGAAAUGUCAAGUAAGAAAAAGGUUGCUAAUGUAUUAUGCAUAUUGCUGUAUCCAGGCCUUAUUCUUAUUGACUAUGGACAUUUUCAGUACAAUUCCGUGAGUCUCGGCCUUGCCUUGUGGGGCGUUCUCGGAGUCUCUUGCCACUGGGACGUGCUGGGAUCACUGGCAUUUUGCUUAGCUCUAAACUAUAAACAGAUGGAACUUUACCACUCCUUGCCAUUUUUUUGCUUUUUACUUGGCAAGUGUUUUAAAAAAGGUCUGAAAGGAAAAGGGUUUGUAUUGUUAAUUAAGCUGGCUGGCACUGUGGUGGCUUCCUUCAUUCUCUGCUGGCUGCCGUUCUUUCCAGAGAAGGAGCAAACCCUGCAGGUUCUGAGGAGGCUCUUCCCAGUCGAUCGUGGGUUAUUCGAGGAUAAAGUAGCCAAUCUCUGGUGCAGCUUAAGUGUCUUUCUGAAGGUCAAGGAUAUUUUGCCCCGUGACACCCAGAUAAUAAUCAGCUUUUGUUUUACAUUUUUGAGCCUGCUUCCUGCGUGUAUAAAAUUAACACUCCAGCCCUGUCCCAAAGCAUUCAGAUUUUCUCUGGUUACCUGUGCGCUGUCAUUCUUUUUAUUUUCUUUCCAUGUACACGAAAAGUCCAUUCUCUUGGUAUCAUUACCUGUCUGCUUAGUUUUAAGUGAAACUCCGUUUAUGUCUACUUGGUUUUUACUUGUGUCAACAUUUAGUAUGCUCCCUCUCCUAUUGAAGGAUGACCUCCUAAUGCCCACGGUUGUAACAGCGAUGGCGUUUUUCAUAGCUUGUGCAACUUCCUUUUCCAUUUUUGAAAAGACUUCAGAAGAAGAACUACAGCUGAAAUCCUUUUCCAUUUCUGUGAGGAAACAUCUUCCAUGUUUUACAUUUCUUCCCAGAAUUAUACAACAUUUGUUUCUUAUGUCAGUAAUCACAAUGGUCCUUCUGACACUGAUGACAGUAACGCUGGAUCCUCCUCAGAAAUACCCAGACUUAUUUUCUGUAUUGGUGUGCUUUGUGUCCUUCCUGAAACUCCUGUUCUUCUUGGUGUACUUUAACAUUGUAAUCAUGUGGGAUUCCAAAAGUGGAAGAAAUCAGAAGAAAGUCAACUAGCUAAAUCCCCAAAUGUGAAAAUGUUAGCAGUGCUAAACGGUUUUGUGAAUUUUUCGCUAUGUAUAAAUAAAAUCAUUUUGAGAAUUAUAUAAUUAUAGGGAAGAAAAUUCCCUAAGAUUCCAUCCCAGCUAACUUACAGACCCACCUAAGCAACUUUUCCAUAUGAAUGGAUGGUCUUGGGUGAUUUUUCACAACUUCCUAAAUCCUCUCAACCAAGCAAUAGCUGGCCUCAGUGUGACCCAGGCCUGGCACGGGCAGCAGUCAGCCUAGAUUCACAGCUUGGCUUUGCCUGGGAAUCUUCAAGCCCUGCACAAGUAGCAGCCUUCUCAUAUUGCUUUGUAGCUCGGGCAGGGUGGCCCCUGGCAAAACACACAUGAUAGCUGAUCUUGGCCUGCACCAUCUGGGAAACCCCAGGGCCAGGGUACUCAGUGGACAGCUACAGACCAUGUUGGAGCACCACCACCCUGCCCCUGCACAGCUGAUCCUCUACAUAGGGCAGAGGUAGAUAGUAAGUGGUCACAGACAAUCCAUGCAGCUGCCUGGCCUGGAUAAAUCCUUCCCAUUGAUCUGCCAACAGCCAGUGCUGUACUACAAGAGGAAGGUGUACUCAGCCCACACAAAGGGUGCACCUCGAAUACCCAGCUUGGGUGAAAAGGGGAGUCUGUGCCACUGUACCCUAUAGGACACCUACUACAAUAGGCCACACUACCAAGACACAGAGUCAAAGAAGUUCUACCUAAUACAUAGAAAUAAAUAUAGUGAGGCUGCCAAAAUGAGGAGACAAAAAAACAUGGCCCAAAUGAAAGAACAGAUCAAAAUUCCAGAAAAACAGCCAAACAAAACGGAGAUAAGCAAUCUAUCAGAUGCAGAGUCAAAAACAGUGGUUAUAAGGGUGCUCAAGGAACUUAGUGAGGACCUUAACAGCAUAAAAAAGAUCCAGUCAGAAAUGAAGGAUUCAUUAAUACAGGGAAACAACAGUACAGUGGAUGAAGCUGAGAAUCAAAUCAGUGAUUUGGAACAUAAGGAACCAAAAAACAACCAGUCAGAACAAAAAGAAGAAGAAAAAAAAAUCCAAGGAUAAAUAGCCUGUGGGACAACUUUAAGCAAUCCAACAUUUGCUUCAUAGGGAUGCCAGAAGAAGAGAAACAGCAAGAAAUUGGAAAUAUGUUUGAAAAAAUGAAAGAAAACUUCUUUGAUUUGGUGAAGAAAUAGACAUGCAAGUCCAGAAAGCAUGAAGAGCCCCAAACAAGAUGAAUGCAAAGAGGCCCACUCCAAGACACACUAUAAUUAACAUGCCAAAGGUUAAAGAGGAGGGGGGUGUGUGGGAGAAUGGGUGAGAGGUAAGGGGAUUAAGAAGCACAAAUAAGAAGUUACAGAAUAGCCAUGGGUAUGUAAAAUACAGUACCAAAGAACUUACAUGCAUGACCCGUGGACAUGAACAAGGGUGUGGGGAUUGCUUAAGGGAAUGGGGGUAUUUGGUAGAGGGGCAAAGGGAUAAAAGCCAGGACAACUGUAAUAGCAUAAUCAAAAUAUAAUUUAAACAUAUCUAGAAAUACACUGAAUUUAAUGGGAGAAUUUAGCCCCUUUUAAAAGGAAAUUACUGAUUUUGAUAUUUAAAUGUAAUUUUAUUUACAUUUUACAAUAGAAUGCAAGUAAUGGGUUUUUGUUCUUUAGGAUUUAUAUUGCUGGUAUUAAAUUUGUGAUAAUGUUUUAAACUCCUAUUAGAAGGCAAUUUAAACUGCUUGAAGUCUGAACAUGCCUUAUUACAUGUGCAAAUUCGAAUUUUUUAACAAGGCUGAGAUUAAACUUUGUUAUUUAUUUCCAGAAUGGCUGGUUUACUGUAAUGCAAUUAAACAAUGAAUUUUCCUGAAUUGGAAUCUAAGUGGUUUGAGUGAAGUCUUCUUAUUACUCAUGAGCACCGGGUUCUAAAUUUCCAGGACUGUUGAAGUUAAAUGCCCUUAUGCAGCAUUUCAUCCUUGUGUUCCUUUUUGUUGUAACAUGGUUCGAGGUUCCCAGUGCCAUGAGCAUUGCCUCGUAUCAUGCUUCCUGUUACCUUAGUCCUGUUAAUACUGUAUCACGCUGUAUUAGCAGAAGCCCCCCUUGACUCUAGUAUUCAGUUGGUAAAAGUAAUGUAUUAUAUCCAUGUUGUAGUUUCUCAUACAAAGAUGUCUUUAGUGUGUAAUAAAAACAAUCACUGUCCCAUCGACAUAUAUUUUUAACAAAUAUAUUUCUUUCAUAAGACGGCCAUUAAAGCAAAUUAAAUAAAUGGUAGUACAUUUUAAAGCAAAUGCAAGCUAAACACAUACGCAAAGACAGUCUCAUUUUAGACAUGGACAGCUGCGGGCUGAUGCAGGAAGAUACGUGUUUGAUAAAGGAGUGGGUUUAGACAAAGCGAAAAACAAAAAUUAUUUCUUUCUCAAAGUAUAUGUGCAUAAAGACGCAAAGGGCGGGCCAGCAGAGAAAAGCAGCCUUGAAUCCCUGCCGAAUCAGCAGGGACAUCGCUGUCCACGGUCACCAUCUGUAAUCAGUGUGCCCAAAUGUCAGCAUCUUGGCUGGUGGGUGUAGUCCUAUUUAUUUAUU